GGGAGCAGCCGUCGAGCUGGGAGAGCGUGCGGAGGCGGGCGGUCAGCCUCGACCCGGGCCUGAGACCCCGCCGCUGACCCCGGCCCGAGCCCCAGCCAUGACUUGGAGCGUGUCGGCGCGGGGCGCGCAGCAGCCGGACAACACGGCCUUCACGCAGCAGCGCCUCCCGGCCUGGCAGCCGCUGCUCUCGGCCGGCAUCACGCUGCCGCUCUUCUUCUGCGCCGGCCUGGCUUUCAUCGGCCUGGGCCUGGGCCUCUUCUACUCCUCCAACGGCAUCAAGGAGCUGGAGUACGACUACACCGGCAACCCCGGCACCGGCAACUGCACGCUGUGCGCCACCGAGGGCCAGGGCCGCGCGCCGCCACCCAACUGCUCGUGCGCCUGGUACUUCUCGCUGCCCGAGCUCUUCCCGGGCCCCGUGUACCUCUACUACGAGCUGUCCAACUUCUACCAGAACAACCGGCGCUACGGAGUGUCCCGCGACGACGCGCAGCUCAGCGGCCUGGCCAGCGCGCUGCGCCACCCGGCCAACGAGUGCGCCCCCUACCAGAUCAGCGCCACCGGCCUGCCCAUCGCGCCCUGCGGCGCCAUCGCCAACAGCCUCUUCAACGACACCUUCACGCUGUGGCACCAGCGCCUGCCGGGGGGACCCUACGUCGAGGUGCCUCUCGACCGCACCGCCAUCGCCUGGUGGACCGACUACCACGUCAAGUUCCGCAACCCGCCCCUGGUGAACGGCAGCCUGAAGCUGGCCUUCAGCGGCACGGCGCCGCCGCCCAACUGGCACCGACCGGUUUACGAGCUCAGCCCGGACCCCAACAACACCGGCUUCAUCAACCAGGACUUCGUGGUGUGGAUGCGCACGGCGGCGCUGCCCACCUUCCGCAAGCUGUACGCGCGCAUCCGUCAGGGCAACUACUCGGCCGGCCUGCCCCGGGGUGCCUACAUUGUCAACAUCACCUACAACUACCCGGUGCGCUCCUUCGGCGGACACAAGCUCAUCAUCUUUAGCAACAUCUCAUGGAUGGGUGGCAAGAACCCUUUCCUGGGCAUCGCCUAUCUGGUCGUCGGCUCCCUCUGCAUCCUCAUGGGUUUUGUCAUGCUGGUCGUCUACAUUCGCUACCAGGACCAGGAUGACGAUGACAACGAUGACGAGUGAUGCUGCUUCCCGAAGACCCCUUCCAGCUUCUUGGCCAAGCCGCUUUUCAGCGGCGGUCCUUUGCUCCUUAGCACAACAACUUCGAGCUCACCGAUUGCCUCUUGUGGACGAAGGGUCUGGAGAAAGGAAUCACCCGUUUCCUGAUGUCUUUUGGAAUGCAGAAUGCCAGAUCUUGUGAUUUCUCCCCAUCUCCUUCAUGGCUUACCGAGUUGACAUGUCAGGUCUAUAGCAUUCCAGAGCAAAGGAGAUAUCUGGACCGGAACUAGUUAAGACCAGCAGCCAGCAGUUGGAUCCUUACUCUAAAAUUCUGUUCCUUCAGUAGGACGGAUUUCUGGGAGGGAGGUAUAGGUGUCUGGAGAGUUGAGAUGCAGGGUGGUGCCCACUGAUGGCCUACAGAAACUUGAAGGAGUAGGGAAAGCAUAUUUGUUAGAAUUUAAGUCGAUGGAGAACGUUGAGCCUCUCGGGUUCUGACCCAGUAAGACCAGGAUGGGCAACCUUCACUGAAGAGUCUGCCUUUCCUGAAGAGCCUCAGUGCCCUUGAAUUUGGGAGUCUUGAGCCAGGCUGGGCCUGAAGCACUCAGAUUUUUCUGGUAAUAAUCUAUUACCAUGAACACUGACGAUCACAGUGCUCGGGUUUGGUCUUACACAUAGGAAGCUUCCAAUUUGUGGAAUGAACGAGAAAAAUUGCUAGCUCUAGGAAACUAGCAUGCAGAUCUGCAGGGCAGGAGUGUGCCAACUCGUAAUUAAAUGUAAAAGCAAACUUCACAAGACACUGUAAAAACUUGAAAAGGCAAGGCAGGUUUGCAUGGCUCAGGGGGAAGUGUCUAAAACUUAGAAACUGAGUUGCAAAUAAUCUUAGCAGGAGACCGUUUUCCUGGGAUCCUGAGUGUCUCUCGACUCUUUGCUAGUCCCUUUUGAAUCAUCAUCUUUUUUUUUUAAUGCUUAAGGGAAUAGUUUAAUUCAUUCAUAUCAUUUUCACAAAGAACUGUCUUAAACACAGUUUUAAUUUAUUCACAAAUGAAAUCCAUUUCUAGUGAUCAUGUUUUAAAAAUGCCAAGAAUUAUAUUCUUAUAUGAAAAGUAGACUCAAGAUUAUUUCAGCCUUAAUGUUAAAAUCAUUCAGUUGAUUUUAUUGGAUUGUCCACAAAAGAUAUAAAGCUAUAAGAAUACAGGUACAAUAAUGGGACUUUUUAAAUUUUAAAGCCCUCCUUUUAUGGAACAAUAACAUAAAAGAACUUAAAAAUAAAAUUUCCCAUGAUACUGUCUUCCAGGUUCCCUGAAGAAAACAGUUAACUUGGUAUUUGUCAGGGUCUUCUGGUCCUGGCUCCCCAGUGCUGUUAAUUUCAGGUUAUGGGUAUAUUUUUCAUUCCUCAAAGGCAGUACAUGGUCUUGAAGUAUGUUUUAUUUUUAUGGCAGCCAAAUGUUGAGUUAUAUUGAAUAAUUUCCAUUAAUUCCCUUAUUCUUUGUAGUCGAUACUAGUUUUGGAUGCACAGCAUGUCUGUCUUAAGAUUGUCUGGGUCAAAAGUGACUUAAAAUCAUCUUGUCUCAUUUUUAUGUAUAUCAGAAAAUUCUUUUAGUAGUUCCAGUAUGCCGGCUUUCUGACUUCUGAAUGUGAUAAAAUUUGAUAUUGGAUCAUGUACUGUGGUUUUUGACUAUGAAAAGCUGAUCAUUACAUGUAUUUUUAGAAAGUUUUAUUUAUUAUGAAUGCCUGGUUGGCUAACUCUUCUGUGUCCUAAUGAAGUUUGCUACACUUUUUUUUCACUAUAUAGUUGAAGGUAACUAUUUUGCUAUUAUUUGUAGAACAUUAGUCUCUCGUUGUACAUUUUAAUGUGAGACCACGACACUUAAGGCCCUGUGAUUAAAUUGUAGUUCCAGGCCUUGUCUCCGAGGUUUUUGAAAGAGAGUAAAGGUUGUGUUUGUCUUUCUCUGUUAUCACAUUACUUAGCUCUUUUGAACUGUGGUCUUAAAGGCACACACACAGUGCCUCGUGUUACUAUCACCUUUUGGAAUAAGAUUCAGUCAAGGAGAACUCACUCUUUGAUUACUAACUUCCUAAAGCAGCAUUUGAACAUACAUCCUGUGUUUAGAAUACACGAUCUUCAAGUAUUGUUUAAAUUUGACAGAUGGCAAUCUCUUUUAAAUCUUAGUAUAAAAUGUUAUUAAAGAAUGUGAUCAUAGCAGUCCUGCCUCUCUGCAUUUUACUCAGAUCAUAAAUUACAAUUAACUGUUAGUGCUUGAGACUGCAAAAGAGCUGAAAUUUUAAAACAAAAUUGUCAGGCUUUUGCCUCAGGGACUCCUUACUCUGCAACAUUUUUGUGCAGUAUCGGGAUUCUGAUUGAUUGCAUCCUCAUGUGUUUUCCAACUGGAGGUAUGUCUUCUAAGAGUGAACAAGAGUGAACCUCAGCAGUUGGACUAGAAAUAAACUUUGACCUACUUUGUGAAAUAAAGGUACAAACAAAAUUGUUCAGUGAGAUACCUACCUCCAUAAAAAAUAAUAAAAAAGCAGAGGUUUCCAACAUGUCCACAUCUGAAGUCGCUCAACAAUCUGCUCACUAGAAAACUGUUUAAAAAUUAAGGACAGACUUUCCUUUGGAACAAAUGCUACUUAGUAGAAUGUAGCCACAACUUCUCUGCCACACCAAAGAGUUCUUGGUGAGUCUGUGUUAUCAACCAGCAGCUUAUAUGAACUUGGAUAAAAGUCAUCAGUUACUAUAAAUAAAACUAAAUUCUUUUUUAUUUA